UUACAGCUCAUUUUCAGCAAUACUUUAGGCUUGUGGUACUUUUUCCCUCCAUUUUAUACUUUUUUUUUAUUCCAUUUGCUCCCCUAUACUUUAUCCUUUUUUGUAUUUAUUUAUUAUUUAUUUUCCUUGCCUAGUACACACUUUUCUAUUUUUAUUUUUAUAAAGCGCCAAUGUGCUUCUUCUCUUUUAAGCUUUAUUUUCUUUCAUGUCUGGCAAGUUGCAAGCUUUCUUGGCCAUAUUUAAAGUCCUUUAAAACUCACUAUUCUUUUACAUAUAAAUGAAGAAUAGGCGUUGAAAUAGGCGUUGAAAUAGGCGUUGAAAUAUUUAUUUUAACAAAGGUUUCAAAAAUCAAAUUUUAGCAAAAUUUUAAAGAACAAAGGAAAAAAUUCCUUCCCAACAAAAAAAAUUUCCCCCUCAAAUAUUAAAUGAAUCUCUUCCUCGACGCUUUCGACCGCGUUUUCAACCCACACACUUCUUCCUCCUCAAAAAGGAGAGCUUCCAGUUCUGGUCUAGUAUCAUCACUUGGCCCUGCUUCCUCCUAUUCUUCCUCCUCUAGAAGAACAACUAACACAACAAUGACUACAACAACUUCUACCACAACAGCUUUAUUAAAUUCUCCCCAAAAAAAUAAUUUUAGACGUCAAAGUGGUGGGGCGGUUAAUGCUGGGUUUCAGAAUGAAUUUGUGGCCCUUACUAUUGGGGAACCUGAAGAACCUUCCACUUCAACCAGAAUUCAAAGACAACAAAGUGCGAGUAGUGCAAGUCGGAGCAGGUCAUCCAAUGCUGGCGGAAGUAGAAGAAAACGUAAAAAGAGUAUUUCUGCUAGUGGAAGCGAGAAAUCUCAAUCUUUUGCUUCGUUAAUAUUUUCAGCAUUGUCUUCGCCUACUUCGACUAAUGGAAAUGAUAAAAUGAGAAGGAGGAAAUUAAAUAAUGAGAAUCGAAGCAGCGGAAGACGCAAACACUUGCCCCCUAGGCAAUGGAGCGUCCCAGAAAGAGAAGGCAACAAUGACUACAAUAGGGAACCACAGACUACAAUAGAGAGGAAUAUUGACGUUGCUGAACCAUUCAGAUUGAUUCAGAAGGCAUACUCCUUGAGUUGUGAAGACCCUCUCAGUAGUUCACGUUCUUCUUUAAUGGGCUCUCCACAUUCUCCUCUUUCUAUCUCCUCACACAAUUGCUUUAACAGUGGAUCUACAUUUUUGUUUGGAUUUGUUACCUGUCAAGCUACUUCUGCUUCUUCCCCUAUGAAUGCCUCGCUUCAUUCUUUUUGGGAGAAGUUUUCUUUGGAGAGUGAUCGGGCGUUGAAUUCUGAAAUUUAUUUUCUUCGAUGCGUUGAUGCUGAACCGAAACUCCCGUUCAUUUACUAUGCAAAUCUUUCUCCCCUUUCUGAUCAUGAGCAACAUAUAAACAAUUUGGGAGAGGCAUUGGUGGAUGUUGGCGAUACUCCUGCCAGAAUCCAACUAGGUUGUUAUGAACAACUUUAUACAUUAGAAAGGGCAGCAUCUCCAUCGCCCGUCAUUAAAAAUUCUUUGAAACACCAAGGCUUUAUUUUUAUAUUUUUUCGUCUUUUGGUAGAGAAUUGUGCUUCAUCUAAUGCAGAUUUGGAGAGUAGAUGGUUAGACUGGACGGGGGCUGGACAGAUUUACAAGUAUUCUCCGCGUUGUUGGGACCUUCAAAAAGUCUGUCUGUUAAAAAGUAUUGGGCAGUCAACAACAUCAACACCUUUUGUCUACAUUCUCCUCUGUGAAUUUAAUUCAAUUUUGCAUCCAUCUAAUACUAUAGCGGCGUUGGAUUUUUGUGAAAGGCUGAGAAGUCGAAAUUGUGGAUUUGUUGCUCUAUAUAAGGUUUCUCAAAGUCAUUGCCCCUCUCCAAAACAACAAAAACAAUAUCCCUACCAACAACAAAAAUCAUUUGACUAUCAACCACAAAAAGAAACGAAUCUUUCUCCCAAUUGGCCAUUACAACAACAAUAUAGAAGACAACAACUUGGGAGGAUGGGUCGCUCCCAUGAUGAACGUGUAAGUAUUGGAGCUAGGAAAGAAUCACAACAACAACACUCUCCACCAUCUCCUCGUCCGAUUUCUCAGAGAGAAAGUGAAAAAGGCCAUUCCCAGCAGUCUUUAAACGAUAGAGGAGGUACUGAAAGGCUUCGCCGUUUAAUUUGGGCCAGAGAACAGCAACAUUCGUUAGGGUGGGAUCAACAACAGCCUCAACAAUGGUUCGGACAAACAACAAAUGGAACGUUACUUUAA